CCAAAAAAAAAAAAAAACCUCCGGCAGCCACAGAACGACACCAUGCGCCUCCCGUGCGUGGGAAGCCGUUUAUACUCCAAUUAAAUUACAUUAUGCUAUCCCACCUCGGAGCCCAUUUACUAUGGUUUUACUCGCUUUUUUACUCUCUUUUAUCGACGACCGCUGCCGCUGUGGCUCGCCUGGAACGACACCGCGCCGCAAGUCCUCAGAUGGAUUAGAAAAAACCAGCAACGAUGAAGGUGUAACUUGGAAGGCGUGAAUCACAAAUUAUCGCUACCUUUGUCAAUGUGGGCGUCAACUGAGAGGAUUUUAAGUCAAGUUGAAUGAUGGCAUCACGUUGGACUCAUUCUUGUGAAGAUGAAGAGCGACAACAAGCAAGAUUGUCUUACUGUGAGAAUGACUCUACUGAGUGGAGAGGCUUGGAACCGAGAGAAGAGGAGUCAUUCUCAUGGCCAAGACCUAAAAGUGUGCUUUUGCGUCGCACUUCUCAUGGGUUCGGCUUCACCCUUCGGCACUUUAUUGUGUACCCGCCGGAGUCUUCUAUGCAUUACUUCUUGGAAGAAGAUGUCUGCCGCAGAGGGAGGCGGCGUAAUAGGCUGGAGCCAAUGGACACUAUUUUUGUGAAGCAAGUCAAGGAAGGUGGCCCUGCACACGGAGCUGGCCUCUGUACAGGUGAUCGCAUCGUAAAGGUGAAUGGCGAGAGCAUCAUUGGGAAAGCUUACUGUGAUGUUAUAACAGUGAUCCAAAACAGUGGUGACUUUCUUGAACUUUGUGUGAUGCCAAAGGAUGAAGAUAUACUACAGCUGGCGUAUUCCCAGGAUGCCUACCUCCGUGGCCGCAGCAGCUACAGUGGAAAUGCCUCUCACAUUCCUGAGCCUCCCCCUGUAUGCUACCCCAGAGUAGACUGUAAGCCUAUGGACAUGGCCAGGGCGACAGACUCGGUGGGCAUCAGGCGGUCAACGGCACCUUCUGAUCAUGGGUACCGCAAGGAGAUCACGGUGCCCCCUUCUCUUCCUCCUCAGUCAUAUCCAAAAAGUCAGAUGGCGGUGUGCAUGCGCAACGACAGCAUGAGAACCGUGGUGGUUCCACCAGACCAUAUGGGACGUAUGGGUCCGGCACAUAGAAUAGAUUACAUGGACCCUGCCUUUGUCAGAGGAAGGCCUGCAUCAUUAGCCCAGUAUCCUCACCAUCGAAAGUCUGAUGUCUAUCCCAGUGGUGCAGGACUAGCUCCGUAUAGAGGACCAACACCUCACUACCCUGGCAACCAUCAAAAUAUUGAUUGGCGCACUUAUCAAACUUACAGGGAAUACAUUGACAACAAAGGUAUCCAUUCUCAUGGUAGUCGCACUAUCCAGGAAAGGCUAGAUAGCCUGCGAUCUUCCAAUCAAAAUAGUUUUGAAACUCAUCACAUUCCCCAGGCUGACUGGGCAGCUGAGGGGAUACGCAGGAGGAGUACUUCCCACGAACGCUCUUACCACGGACCUUCACCCCAUUUCCAAAUUGCCCCACGCAGUGCCUCCCAAGACCGCAUGAUCAGUUCCGAAAGGAUUAGCCACGCCAGAAACUGGACGCCUAGGAGCGUGUCUCAAGAUGGCUUUACGCACAAACUUCGGUCACACUCCAUAGACUAUGUUGACCCAACAGAGCUUGCUCAGCCCUCUGAGAGUAGAAGAGAAUAUCGAAGGGCAGCCCCUGGUACGAGACCCAGUAGACAGUCUAUGCCCAGACAUGCCAUGCUAUCCAGGCCUUCUAUUGGAUACAACAGUGGCUCAAGGGGGCCACACAAUCCUUCCAUGCACACUAAAGGACCAGAUUCUAUCCAGAUGCACUCCUCGCCCGUACUCUCUGACAGACAGAAACAUUUUGUAAAGAGAGCAAAUGCUGAACAUUGUUUUGGUGACCAAAGAGCUCUAGUAAAAUCUAACCAUGUUGGCCACACUCACCAAGGCCAGAACAGAGUGCGAGCUGAAAGCGUACAACCGGUCGAAGUUGACAGGGACGUUGCCUUUGUAACAAAAAGGUCCUCUUCAUGCUCUACCCCAAAACCGAUGCCUCAGAAGUCUGGCAUCCUCAAAGCAACUCAUCAAGAAUCUCAAAGCCAGGUAAAUGGACGGAGCCUCUCCGAGUCUGGGGUAGUUAUGAGACCCAAACCUCCCUCUGGAAAGAACCCAAGCCCUCUGCGCCACCCCUCCUACAUCUUAGCUGUAAAUGACGACGAUGGAGAUGAUUCCACUGCUGAUGUGGUAGCAUGCUGGCUUCCAAACGACGCACGUCGGGAGAUGCACAUACGUCGCCUCGGGGAACGUCACACCUCCUGCUCCAGCAACCUGGAUGAGUCUUUGGACUCUAUACCGUUCAUUGAUGAGCCAGUCAGCCCCAGUGUUGACCGGGAUGCUGUUCUGAUUCCACCCUCUGCCGUGAUAUCUGUUCCACCAUCCAUAGCUACAGGCCCUUCCAGUCCUGGCUCACCCUGUCCUCCCAUUCGUCGACAGCUGUCGCACGACCAAGAGUCCCUGAGAAGUGCUUUGCUGGAGUCUGAAACAGCGAGCCAAACCGAACGGUCUAAGUCCUAUGAUGAAGGACUGGACAAUUACCAGGAAGAGGGAAGAGGACGGUCAUCGAGUAGUCAUUUGCCCAGUCUCAGGGGCCUGAAGAAGGCGCUGGAUGGACAUAAAUCUUCGGGUGACUCUGGAUCUCGAAGGGAUUCCUCCUCUGAUAUCUUUGCUGAUUCUUCCAAAGAAGGGUUGCUUAGCUUGAGGCAACUUUGUACGGAUAAAAAUAAGCGUGUCGGAGGAACGAAAUGGAAGCAGAUGUACGCCGUGCUACAAGGUCACACGCUGACCCUCUUCAAAGACAGGAAGGAUGCGCUGUCUCAUGUCACCACGCAGCCUGAUGAAGAGCCGCUACGGAUCUGUGUCAAAGCCUGCCUGAUUGACAUCUCCUAUAGCGACACGCGGCGCAAGAAUGUGCUGCGUCUGAACACUUCAGAUUGCGGAUACUUGUUCCAGGCCGAAGGGAGGGAAGACAUGUUAACCUGGAUUAGAGUCAUUCAGGAAAACAGUAACCCAGAUGAAGAGAAUGCUGCCGUCACAAGUCAGGAUUUGAUCAGUCGAAAGAUCAAAGAAUACAACAUGAUGAGUGCACCCAGCAGCAGGUCUGAGCCAUCCCCCAAAACCUCCCGCCAGUCCCUUAGCAUAAAACAAGCCUUUUUAGGAGGCAAGAUGGAGAGCAAGAGCCACAGCCCUCAUUCGCCGAAAUCAGAAGAGCGCAGGGCGCUACGAGAUGAGGCCAGUCCACCGAGGGACAGAGGUGCGUGGAAAAUUGGCAUUCCGGGGAUCAUGAGGAAGCCGUUUGAAAAGAAGACACCGGCCGGCAUCACCUUUGGGGUACGGUUGGAUGACUGUCCUCCCGCACAGUGCAACAGGUUUGUUCCUCUGAUCGUGGAGGUGUGUUGUAAAGUGGUAGAGGACCGAGGUCUGGAGUACAAGGGGAUCUACAGAGUACCUGGAAACAGCGCAGCCAUCUCUAACAUGCAGGAGGAACUAAACACUAAAGGCAUGGCUGACAUUGACGUCCAAGAAGAUAAAUGGCGGGAUCUCAAUGUCAUCAGUAGUUUACUCAAGUCUUUUUUCAGGAAACUUCCAGACCCCCUGUUUACAAAUGAGAAGUAUGCAGACUUUAUUGAGGCCAACAGAACAGAGGACUCUGUGGAGAGACUAAAGGAGCUAAAGAGACUGAUACACGAACUGCCCGAUCACCACUAUGAAACUCUAAAAUUCCUUUGUGAGCACCUCACAAAAGUUUCUGAGAACUGUGAGAAAAACAAGAUGGAACCCCGAAACCUGGCCAUCGUGUUUGGCCCGACGCUGGUCCGAACCUCCGAGGACAACAUGACAAACAUGGUCAAUCACAUGCCUGACCAGUGCAAGAUAGUGGAGAACCUAAUUCAACAAUAUAACUGGUUCUUCACGGACGAUGCCGAUGAAGAUCCUGUUACCACAGCUGAGCAGGAAAGCACGGUGCUGUCGCAGCCUGUGCCCAACAUUGACCACCUGCUCUCCAACAUCGGACGGACUGCAGCGUCUCCGGGUGAAGUCUCAGAUUCCGCAUGUAGUGAUUCCUCCAAAUCAAAGAGCCUGUGGGGGUCCGGUAAGGACCAGUGUAGUAAAGAGAUGCUGCGCUCCUCCUUCUUUGUCAGCCGCAAGCGCAAGAAGCCGAAAGACAAAACUCAGCCCAGCAGUUCUGACGACGACCUGGAUGCCGGCUUCCCCAAGAGCGACGCUGCAGGGGAGUGUCGGCCGCAGGAGACCAUGUGGUCCCCAGAGAGCCGCGCGGAGGUAGAAGACGGCGGUGAGCAGCCGGGGAACAGCUCAGAGGAACACCUCGACAAAACGGACGAUAGUGACCUGCCUCCUUCCUCGCGUCGCUCCACCUUCCCGUACAUCUCGCCUCGCCUGGACUAUCACACCACGCCGGUCCACCAGUCCUCCUUGUCGGACCCGCCCUCCAACUGCGAUGACACCGUGUCCGACCUCGGCACCAUGAACAGCACCAGCUCUCAAGCCUCGGCGCCCAGGGCAAGGCGCUGCAGGACGGCGACGCCAGCGCAGGAGACGAGCGCCAGCGGGCCGGGCGCGGAGGUGUGCUCCAUCACCUCUGACUACUCCACCACGUCCUCCCUGACCUUCAUGACCGGCGGAGAGAUCAGCACGCUAAGUCCGGAAGUGCGGUCGGUGGCGGAGAGCAGGGGAGGCGACGACGCCGACGAUGAGAGGAGCGAGCUCAUCAGCGAGGGCAGACCCGUGGAGACGGACAGCGAGAGCGACCCGGGCAAAGACGGCGCCGCGUGCGAGUGGAGAGACCCGCAAGAGACGCCGCGGCCUUUGGCUUCCCACAGACUCAUCGACUGCGACACGCUGUCGCGGAAGAAAGCCGCUCGGCAGAAGACGGGCAGCGAGUCCUCGCUGGAAGGAUCUCGCAGCGACAAAGAGUCCAACAGGACGGGAAAGAUGUGUUCCUCCACCAGCCUCAGCUCCUCGGACAAGUCGGAACCGGUGUGGAAACUGAAGAUCACCGACCGGCUGAAGGUGCGUCUGCGUAUGUCCGUGGACGACAUGUUCGGCGUCGGCAGCCAGCGCCUCCCUGAGGCUCGUAAGAAGAAGAACAUCAGACGCAGGCACACCAUGGGGGGGCAGCGGGACUUCGCCGAGCUGUCGGUUCUCGGCGACUGGCCUCAGCAGGUCGGCCUCGGCUCCCGCUCCGAGCUGUCGGCCGUGGACCGCCUGAAGCCCAAAUGCAGCUCGCAGGACUUCUCCAUCGGCGACUGGAUCGCUCGCGAGCGCCACCGCACCAGCAACCCCGAGGUGAGCUUGGACCCCGGCGAGCAGCUGGGAGGGCCGGGUGACGGCGACCCCCCUGGAGCCUCGUCGUGGUCCUCCUCGGAACUCUCGCAGCGCGCCGCCGAGGCCGCCAACGGCGACGUGCAGCAGGGUAAAAGUCUGAGCUUGUCGGCUACGGCGCAUCCGCACAAACUGGCGAGCUCCCAGGUGGUCCACUCACGCUUCUAUCAGUACUUGUGAAUGUGUGUGUGUGUGUGUGUGUGUGUGUCACUGGUGAAUGUUGUACAAAUAUUGUGUGAAAAGAGAACUACAGGACAUGAAAGCUGUGCUGGUGUUUAAGAACAAGACAUUUUAUUUUUGUAAUUCUAACCGACAGACUCGCCACACUGAAGGACCUCAUGAAGCACAAAAAUGAAGACUUUAAGAAGGAGCAGCUUUUAGAACGAAGACCAGAGAUUUCUAGUUUUUCAAGAGUAUUUUUGUGUCAAGAAGGUUUGUGAAGGGUUCACCAAAUGAAGAAUGUAGAGACGCGCUCGCGAUAACGCCGACUAAAAGCUUUAGACGCUUGUGUUGAUGCUGCACUGUAAAUAUCCGCUCUCACUCACUCGGUACUUGAAUGACCUUAUUUGGUACAACGAGCGCCAGGACUGCCGACAAGCUCUUAACUUUUUCAAAGGUACGAGGCUGACGGGAAGAUUAUCUGUCUCGGAUCUCAAAGAGCAGUGAACAAUACUAAAAUGAUCUAUUUAAAAAAUAAUAAUGGGAGAAGAAAAUAGGUAAUGAAAUCACACAAAAAAAUCCAGUUUUUCCUCUUCACACUAGGAAGUGCCUUGUCAAAGGUGCCAUAUUGUCUACUGUGAAUGACCGUUUUAUUGUCGACGAUAAAUGCCGAGCUUCCAUUCCUGAGGCAUUCCACUUUGGUCUUAACACAUUUUCUACUUUUGUUUCCACCUUAUUUUGUUGUUGUUUUCAACAGAACUUGAAUUUUAAAUAUUAAUUGUAAAGAAGAGAAAGAAAAAAUAAUAAGUAACUUAAAUGUAUAUGCGAUUGCCAUGUUUUAGCUGCUUUACUUUUCAUUUCCAUCACAAAUUGCAGGUUUCAGUACAGUAUUGUGAGAUGGUGUGUGCGUGGACAGUUUGGUACAAGGAAGGUGGACUGUUUGUACAAAAACACUAUGUUUCUCUUGGUUUGGGAGAGGAGUGCGUUGGCUCCGGAAACACUGGAAAUAAAUUGUGUCAAUGGCAACAGCAGAUUUUUUUUUCUUUUUUUACUGCAUUGAUUUAAUUGUUAAUGUUGCCGUUCUAAGUGGUGUAAAACUGCACUGCAUCAUACUAAAUGUUUCUCAUAUUUUAUUUGAGUGGUAAAUAUCACAGCACAUAUUGCCCUAAAAAUGAAUAAUUGUCAUUUUAUUAUAUUGUAUAUAUCUUAUAUGUUAUUAUAUUGCACAUAUCUUAUAUUUUAUAUUGCUACUUCGGUACAAUGUUAGUCUACUUUAUACCUGCAUUAUCCUUUCCAUCCUUUGUAACUGAGCUACUCUGUGGAACAAUUUCCCUUGUGGAUCAUUAAAGUUUGUGUAAGUCUACGUUUAAA